UCAACCAAAUAGAGCGGAAAAUAACAACUAAGAAGCAAGAAAGACUAUGUUGUGGAUGCACUUGGAUAACUUCAGAUUCAAGCCAUUCAAACCUUCCUGAGCUGGGCUACCUAGAUAUAACUACAACAGUUAAAAGAGAUAAAAUUGUUUGAAAAGCAGGAGGUUUCAUUCCUGUGUUUCCAAAGGAGAGGGGAAAAAAAGAAAGCGUGAUGGCUGUUCCAGGGCUCACUGUCAUGAUCUGGUGCAUCGUGUCAUUUUCUUCAGUGCAGGCUGUCCUCCAGUGUACAGACUUAAACGACACACCUUCGCACAUUACGAACUUGAGGGUGAAUCUGAGAAAACUAGAGAUGACCUGGGACAGCAGUCUCAAUGUUACCAAAUUCUCAUGUACUCUGAAAAACGACAAGACUUUUGUAACUGACAAUGUCACUAAUACAAGCUGCAGGUUUGAAAUUUCAGAUGCAGAAGAUCUACCCCUACAUAAGGGACUACUAUAUAUAGUUAAAGCAGACUACAACAAUAAUACAUAUUCAAGACAAUGCAGGUUUAUUCCUCAAGGCAUGAAUGGAACAUCUGUGGAAAAUUUCUCCUGCAUAGUUUACAACCAUUCCUUCAUGAAUUGCACUUGGAAUGCUGGGAGAAAUGCUCCAAAAGAUACCCAAUAUUUUCUUUAUCAGCAGUUCUCAAAGUCAAAAGAUGAGAUAGAAUGUCAGCAUUACAUAAAAGAUGCUCACGGAAGACGUACCGGAUGUAUGUUUCAACAAGUUGACAAACGUAACCAGGUUUAUUUCCUGGUGAAUGGGUCCAGUACAGAAUCAGAGAUUCAGUUGUAUGAUGAGUAUGUCCACCUGUAUAAAACCGAAAUUGUCCCCCCUCCACUUCAUAUCACUGUAAAAUGUGUUAAAGAUCCACCACAUUGUACAGUGCAAUGGGAAAUGCCCUCUGAGUAUGACAGAUGUCUUCAAUAUGAAAUUGACAUACGAAGUAAAGGAAAUGAGGUUGAUCCAAACAAAGGAAACAAAGUUCCUUCUAUAAUUGUAAACCAGGAAACCUACACAUUUGAAAACUUCAAUGUGAAGAAAAAAUACCUCUUGCAAAUCAGAGCCCGUUCAGAAACGUGUCUCUUAAGCGAAAAAUGGGGGGAGUGGAGCAAACCAGUUGAGUUUGGUUUCAACGAAGAAUAUUUGUCCAGUCUUACAAUAACGUUAAUCUUUAUAGCACUUGGAACAAUCCUAGUGGUGUUGUUUGUCUGUUUUCUCUGCAAAAGGUACUGUAAUUUGAAAAAAAUAUUUUCUCCAGUACCACAACCAAGAAAUAAAUUUAACACUCUUUUAGUUGAUGAACAACCUAUGCAGAAAGAAUAUGUGGAUACAGAAAUCAAAUAUGAAAGUGAAGAAAUAGAAAUAACUGCUGUCGAAGAAACAGCAUUGCCUCCCAAAGAAAAAGGAAGCAUUUAGAUUCCCUAAUCAAACACUAGCAUAAACCUUUGUGACCCUAGGAUAUUUUGUAUGACUUUUCACACAUUCUCCUUAGUUUUCACAUGGAUGGUAGCACUGAGUACUGUACUGAUUCAGCUAAAAUUUUCCGUUUGGGAUUUCUACCUCAAUGUGAAUAUCCCCUCUAUAUUUCAAUAACAAAUUUUCAGUAACUAAUUGGUAUGUCUUUAGGGGAAAAGAUAUGUUGUUCUGCAUACUUAAAAAAGAAUCCUGUCAAAAUAUCAGAAUCAGGCACCUAAAUUCCACCUAGGACCUGCUUUAGGGCAUGAAAGUCCUUUAUUGGACCUUUUCCUAAGUGACUGUUACAGAACCAGCUGUAUGUCCUUCCACCAGAGAGAGUCUCUCUAAGUGCACCCUCUCAGGAGUCAGGCCUUGUGCUUUUACGUCCUAGGCCAGGAUCUGGCUACCAUUUUCUGGAUAUCAACCAUUUUUAGUUGUGGCCCUUUUUUAAUAACUUCAGAAAAAUUAUAUUAAAAAAGGUUGAUUUUGAAGCCUUUCUUUUGAAUAACUCAAGAGACAGGGAAUGCCAGAAUAAAAAUUCCCGAUUUCCCUUUAACUUGCCUUCCAUGUGUGCCUCUUUCCACUCCUAGUCUAGAUGCUACUCACUGAAUGGGUAGCUAUUCAGUAUUUUAUUUAAGCCUCAUUAUUCCACAUGUCCUUGUAGCUCUGUGCCUUCCAAGCAUUAAUGAACUCAUCUGCACAAAAACUCUUGAGAAGCAGGCAUAAAGUAUUGUCAUUUUUUUUACAGAUGAGAAAUUGAAAGAAAUGAAAGUGGAGCAGCUAAAAUUGUUGACUACCUGCAGCUUGAGUGCCUAGCUCAAUGGUCUUCAACCUUUUUGAGAUUCAAGGCACUCCUCAGAAAAUGGCCACUCUUAGCUGCCACUCAUUUUUGUUGCAAAAAAUUCAGACAGAACACAAGAGAUCAGCAUGUUUUUAACACUGUGAAUUCCUAUUUGAAAUCUCUAUGUUUAUCUUGUGAAAUAGGUUUGCAUACCUAAAAGUGCUUACAUUGCGUGGCACCUUGCAGCACACCUAGAAGGAUCUCAGGACACCCUAAGGGGCCAUCACACGCUGGCUGAGAAUCACUGGCCUAGCCUGAGAUAUCUAGGGUCCAGUUGUACUACAUACGUCUGCACUCCCUUUGUACAAUUAAAACUGGGUUAGCACAUACAUGGUUCAUAUAAAAAAGUGGCUCAAUAGGUACAGUUGGAAUGUUCAUGAUUAAAAUU